AUGCAAGUGCUUAGCUCAAGUUUGAAGUGUGAAAAGCAGAGCGAUGGAACCUAUCUAUAUGAAUACACAAUUCAAGUGCACCCACAAAAAGAAGACGAAGACCUCGCUGCACUGCUUCAUUCGGACUCGCAUUCAUCAUUAGACUACCGGACCAGCUCCGAUUACACCUCCAGCUUGUCGCCCGUUAAGCCGACCACACAUUCAGAGGCGGAAUGCCUAUGUAUGGUUGAAGUUCGAUUUUUACUUUUUCAUAGGAAUAUGAACGGGAAGGCACAGUUGAGAAUCAAGGAAGAGUUCGCUUGUUGCGUCACCGUCCGAGAAGUCAUCGACCACUUCCGAAUCGAAACCGACGGCGUUCAUCGCGGCGUGUUCACGCCACGACUUGGGUACUCAGUUGGUCGUGAGCGCAGCAGUACCUACCCACUAAACGACACCGAUCUGGACAAAACACUGGCUGAACUCUGUGGCAACGAUGUUGACGCCAACACAAUCACCAUCGUGGCUGAUGUCACCCGCUAA